UAAUGAAAUUUGGAAGUGUAUUUAAUCCGAGAGGUGUUCUGGAGAUAAACUACAAAAUAUCAUCCAUAGAUGCUUAUUAAAAUGUCUUAUAUACUGGAGAUGAGAAAGGCACAUUAAAUAGGUAAAUGAUUAAAUUGAAUUAGAUAUCAAUUAUAGCCUGAUUAAGCCAUGAUUAUUCAAGCUAAUUAAGCAUAAUCAAAAUCUUUAACUAAAUCGAGGAUUGAUUAAAUAAAAGUUUUUCCUUAAGCAAAUGCUAAUCUUUUAGUUUUAUCAGAUUAGACUUUAUAUUUUGUUGAAGAAAAAACUUUAAAAGGUGAAUAAAUAUCAAAAGAAAAGGUAUCAUUAUUUGCCUUAAAUGAAUUUUCUAAAAUAAAUUAAUUUGAGAUUGUGAUAGUGACAAAGAAGAAAGAAGGCUUCAUUUUAUAAUAUAAUUAGAAAGCAGGAAAAUUUGAAUGUAUGAGAGAGAGAUUCUUAUUGCCUGACAUCCCUGUAACAAUAUCAUUUAUAGGAAACUUAUUUUAUUUUGGAAUAUCAAAGAAAAAUUAUUCUGUGAUAAAUCUUGAUGAUAAAUAACUAUAAGUAGCAAAUUUAAUAAUGGAUAUUGGUAAUAAUCCAUAUAUCAAGGCUACUGAUAAUGAUGAAAUAUUAAUAAUAACAACUAAUAAUAUAGGUAUUUUUAUUGGUAAAGAUGGUUAAAUGAAAUAGAAAAGUACUAUUUAAUUACAAAAUAAAUCAAUAUAAAUAAUAACUAUUUUUAAGUAAUAUUUAAUAGUACUAUUUGAUAAUUUAAUUCAAGUAUUCAAUUUAUUAGAUUCUAAACCAAUGAGUGAUAUAUAAUUACCAUCAUCAGCAAAAUGUAUUACUUAAACAUCAAAUCAUUUAUUUUAUGGAAGUUCUACUGAAGUAAGAGUAUCAAUAUUAUUAGAUUAUAUACUUAUAUUAAACACCUCCUGAAUAAUAGAUUUAGGAUUUACUUAAGUAAGGUAAAGUGGAAGAUGCACUUCAAGUAUUUUAAUAAUACAAUUAAAAUUCAGAUGCAUCAAAAAAUUAAUAAUUAGAAUAAUUAAAAUUGGAUUGUGGUUGGGCUUUGAUAAGAUAAAUGUAGUUUUAGAAUUCAUUAAAUUAUAUAUUAUAGACAAAUUUUGAACCAAGAGAUUUUAUUUGUUUAUUUCCAGAUUAUUAUUAUGCUGUAGAGAAAUUAGAAUCAGUUAAUUAGAAUCCAUCUUAGAAUACUAUAUCAUUAAUUAUUAAUAAAUAUGUAGCAGAAUACAAUAAAGGUGAUCCAAAGAAGAGUUAAGAAUUGAAAUUAUAAGCAAGAGAUUUCUUGAUUGAAAUUUUAGAGAAAAAAAGAUCAAUUUUAACAUCAACUUAAUAUGCAUAUUCUAUGAAAGAUAAAUUAACUUUAUUAACUAGUACAUAAAUAUAUAAUUAAAAUUAAUGGCAUGCUAUACCAUGUGAAUAACUUUUAGAACUUAUAGAUUUUGCAUUAAUAAAGGCAUAUUUAGAAGCUUAAUAAUUAUCAAAAUUAAAAAGUUUUUUAUCUUGUAAUCAAAUAUAUUGUUUAUCUAUGUAUGCUGAAUUAUAAGCUAUAUUUUAAAAUAAUAAAGCUAUUGAAUAAUAAUAAGGUAUUUUAGCUAGAUUUUAUGAAUCAUUUAAUAAAAUUGAUUUGUCAUUAGAAGUUUGGAGAACAAUUGGUGGUGAUUCAUUAAAUUAAUAAGUUUAAUAAGAGGCUUGUGAAGAAACAACAAGAAUUCUUAAGUAGAAUCCAGAUAAAAAUAGAAUAUUUAAAUUUAUUUUAUGGGUUUUUAAGAAACAAAUCAAAACUGGAAUAUAAAUAUUCUAUGUUAGUGAAAGUAUAAUAUCACCAGAUUAAAUGUUAAAAUUCUUGGAUGAAUAAGAAAUGGAAUAAGAUUUAAAGAGGAAAUUAAAGGAGAAAUAUUUAGAAGUUUUAGUAUUAGAAAAAUAGACAGAAGAAGAAAGAUUUCAUACUUAAUUAGCAUAUUCAUAUAUAGAUUCUUUAUUUAAUAUAUUUCCUAAGGAUAUUUAACCAUCUUAGAUUGAUAUGAAAAAGAAUUAAAUAGCAGGAGAUAUAUAUUAAUCAUUAAAAAAGUUCUUGAAAAACCCAAAUGCUAAAUAUAAUUCUUCUAGUAUUUUAGAAAAAAAAGUAAAGGAUUCAUGGAUGAUUGGGGAAGUAAUCUUAUUGUAUGGAAGAGAGAAAAGACAUGAAGAAGCAUUAAGUUAAUUAUUAAAUCUUGGAUAUUAUGAUUGGGCUGAGAAAUAUUGUUGUGAAUACACUGAUAAUUUAUUAACAAAAUUAUUCAAAAAGGUAUUAAUAUUAAAUAAAUUUAUAGUAUAAAGAAUUAUAUUUCUUUUUAGAAGGUAAAUAAAAGGAAAGAUCAAAUGAUCAGUAAACUUAAUUUGCAUUUACUUAAGUUAAAGUAAUAAAAUUUAUGAUUUGAAUUUAGAUUACAAUUAACAAUUUCCUUAAAAAAUAUGCAACACAUUCUUAAUUAAAUGCUUUAGAAGUAUUAGAAAUGAUACCAGAGAAUUGGAUAUUAGCUGAUUAAGGUGAAGAUGAUGGAUUAUUUUAAUUUUUAAAUAGUGUGAUAAGUAAUUACAUAUUUAAUUUAAAAAAGGUCAUACAUUACAUUAGAAAAGAUCAACAAAAGCAGCAUUUCAUCUAUCUGAUAUGGAUUUAUUAAAUGUUGAAUGUUUGAAUGCUAGUACCAAAUAAGCUAGUGUAAGGAUUACAUCUGAUAAGAAAUGUGCUGUUUGUAGUAGAUCUAUAGGUGAAAAAGUAAAAAAUAUUAAUAUAUUUUUAGGUGUUUGUUGUUUAUCCUAAUGCUGUAAUUGCACAUCAUACAUGUAUUAAAAGUAAUACUGUAUGUCCAUAGACUGAUAAAGACUUUGAAAAGUAUUUUAAAAUGUGAAUGU